AUGGAGAAGAUCGUGAAAGGUGCCACAAAGAUCAAGCUCGCGGCCCCAAAGUCCAAAUAUGUCGAGGCGAUUCUAUCUGCAACGAACGGGGGCGAAUCUGGCGUUGCUGAGGUCUUUCGAACACUUCAACUGCGCCUGAGAGAUUCGACAUGGACGAUUGUGUUCAAGUCGUUGAUCAUCGUUCAUCUCAUGAUUAGGGAGGGGCAGCCCGACAUAACAUUGAGAUAUAUAUCAGAUUCCCCAAAGAGAUUAGCCAUCAGCAGCUUCACAGAAGUCCAAACUCAAGGAACCAAUAUUCGGCGAUACUAUGAAUAUCUCCUUGAGCGAGUCCGUGGUUAUCGCGACACCAAGACCGAUUUCGUCCAGGCUGGAGUCGGCAAGAUGAAGAGGUUGACAAUCGACAAAGGCUUGCUGAGACAGACUGAAAUCGUUCAAAACGAGAUCGAGGCCUUAGUCCGAUGCGAUUUCCUUGGGAACCACGAUCCUGACAACGAGAUCACCUUGACUGCUUUCCGACUUUUAACUCUCGACUUACUUGAGUUAUAUAGAGUUAUGAAUGAGGGCACUAUCAAUGUCCUUGAGCACUAUUUCGAGAUGUCCCGUCCAGAUGCAGAGAGAGCACUCAAUAUCUAUAAGACGUUCGGUGCGCAAACGGCGCAAGUUGUCCAAUACCUAAGUGUUGCGCGGCAGUACGAAUCAUCAACUCGCCUAGAGGUACCAAAGCUGAAGCACGCACCAACAACCCUGACUUCCUCUCUUGAGGAUUACCUCAAUGAUGCCGAUUUUGAAAUCAAUCGAAGGCAAUAUCUUGCCCAGCAAGAGGCCAAGAGAACCGGAAAACCAGUAUCUUCUGCCACCGCGCCGGCCCCCUUUAAUAGACCUGCAGAGGUAAAGCAGACUGCUGCGCCUGUGUCUCACCCAAUCCCGUCUCAGUCAAAAGGCCCAGCUCCCGAUCUCAUCGACUUCUUCGAAACCAUUGAGCAGAAUCAACAACCAAUGGCCCAAUUCCAUAACAAUGCACAGCAGCAGCAAGAUUACCAGCAGCAACAGCAGUUUCUGCUUCUUCAACAGCAGCAGCAGCAACAGCAACAACAACUCCAACUACAGCAACAAGUACCUCAGCAGACCGGCUUCAAUCCCUUUUUUCAGCAACAAAAUACCUUCCAAGGUAGCGCAUUACCACAAUCACAACCUCCUCCUCUUCAGACAGACUUCACAGGUGCAGGAUUCGGUGGAUAUGGUACUCAGCCUCAGCAGCAGCAGUCGCCACUCCCCUUCCAAUUCUCGUCCUCUCUAUCUCCAAUACCCCAGAAUGGGGUGGCAGAUUUCCAGUCACAUGGUCCAGGCCCUGGGCAGCCAACCCAGCUACAGCCCCACCCCACGUCAACCAACCCUUUUCGGCAAUCCAUGAUGCCCAUUGGAAACUCCCCUUCAGCUAUGACAGGGCCGUCGCCUGAUCGUUUAUCGACCAAUCCAUUCGCAAAGCACAAUACAGGUGCAUUGGCGGCGAAUAGCCCUGGUGGCAUGUCAGGAUAUGAUCAGUCAGCAUUUUCGCCAGUGUCUCCAAUUUCGUCAAACCAGCCAACAUUUCUCACACAAGACCCAGGUCAGAGCAAUGUGUUCGGCCAGCCACCUGCUUUGCAGCCACAACGCACGGGCACCAAUCCAUUUGCCAAGAAUCGGCCUACGACUGCCGGAGGUGCUAUAAACACCAAUGUCACAGGGAGCACCAAUCCGUUUCGUCAAAGUGCUUUCGUGAAUCAGCAGACCGGCCAAGGCUGGCAACACGGGAAUCAGGGGACGUUUUCUGGGUUUGAUAUAAAUGGAGUUGGCACUACACCAGUGUUUCCGCGGCCGGGAGCUCAAUAA